AUGUGGUCAGGACUCUUCAUGCUGCUCGUCUUGAGCACUAUCAUGACAAUUGCUUCCUUUCUCGCCGGCUCUCUACCUCUAUCCUUCUCUCUUUCUCAACGCCAGCUUCGAUUGACAACGGCAAUUGGUACUGGUGUUCUCGUAGGGACAGCACUGAUUGUCAUCGUACCAGAAGGCAUUGAGACGCUGUACAGUGCCCGCGAGGUGGGCCAUACCCAUGUAGGAAGAUCGCUCUCGUUGGAAUAUAAGAGUCAGGAUGGGUUGGGUGACGCGACGUCCCUGGCAUUGUCACAACGCGACCUCACAACCUUCGCCCAAGUCUACACCAGAGAUACGGAUCUGACUGGACCCGAUGAUGGACGCCCGGAGGACGGAAAUAUACCCCCGAAAGAGCCUGAUCACAAAGCAGAAGAGCAUGGGUCAGAAGAACACGAUGAUUGGGAGCCUCAUGCCUGGAUUGGCGUCUCUCUAGUCAUGGGCUUCGUCUUGAUGUACCUGAUCGAUCAACUGCCUCGCCAUGCGGCAGCUUCUUACCAACCACAGAGAUUCCAUAUAGCGCUGGAUCGCUUCAAUCUCCAGAGAUCUGCAAACCAAUCUUCUGAACCAGAAGACUUGGACGGCCCGCCCCCGGACCCUAUGCAACAAUCACGCCCUUCCUCAACCACUGUAGGAUUGGUGAUCCAUGCUGCAGCAGAUGGAAUUGCGCUUGGAGCAUCUUCAACUGCUUCGUCGCGAAGAUUGGGAUUCAUCGUAUUUGUGGCCUUGAUGAUACACAAGGCACCUGCAGCGUUUGGUCUGACCUCGGCAUUGCUCAAACAAGGACUUUCCAAGAGAAGGGCACGUAACCACCUUAUUGUGUUCAGCUUAGCCGCACCGAUCGGCGCAUUACUGACUUGGGCACUUGUCAACAUCUUCGAAGGAGGUAUUGGCCAGAACGAACACGGCACUCGUUUCUUCACCGGGUUGCUGUUGCUGUUCUCAGGAGGCACUUUCUUAUACGUAGCAAUGCACGCCAUGCAAGACACGAAACAUGGCCAUGACAUGGGGAGUGCCACUCCCAACGGCUAUGGCGACUCGAACGUGUAUGACGGAUACCAGCCAGCAUCGAACAAACAAGAAGGUCCUGUGCUCACCGACACGCUGGCUGUAGUAGGCGGAAUGCUGCUUCCACUUCUGACACAAGUGUUCGGACACGGUCAUUGA